UGAGAAGAGUGGGUGUACAACAAAAUAUUUAGGCAAAAUAAAAUAUACGCGGAAAAUAAAUAGAAUUUUUCAUCGGAAAAUCAACAUCCUGGCCCCCGGACGAGCGUUAAUUCACGAUGCGUAAAGUAUGUUUAACUAGGAUAAACAAAAAUCGAUAACUGUUAAGAUUUCCUUCACGUUAUGUUGAUUUGCUAAAGCAGGCUCCAGUCUAGCAGCAGCUGAGGAAUUUUCAAUAAAGAAACCCACACACAGGCUUAACUUGGUAAACUAAUAAAUCGACUCUAAAAUGGAUGUAUCAGGAGGCAGCUUAAAUAUGGGCAUCGGUGCAGAAGUUGUGUAUGGAACUCAUGAAGACUCCCAUGUGGUCAUGUCUGAAAAAGUGCAAUCCCUGGCAGGCAGCAUUUAUCAGGAAUUUGAAGGAAUGAUUGCCAGAUAUGAUGAAGACGUUGUUAAAACUCUGAUGCCGCUUUUAGUGAAUGUCCUCGAGUGUUUGGAUGCUGCUUAUCAACAAAAUCAGGAGCAAGAUGUUGAAUUAGAAUUACUAAGGGAGGACAACGAGCAGCUAGUGACCCAAUACGAAAGAGAAAAAGGUGCUAGAAAAACGUCGGAACAAAAAUUGUUGGAGUACGAAGAUGCAGCAGAAGGCGAAAGAAAAGAGCUUUCCUCGAGACUAGAAGCAUUGGAAUCGAUUGUAAGAAUGCUGGAGCUAAAACACAAAAACUCAAUGGAGCAUGCUAGCAGACUAGAAGAACGUGAAACAGAGCUCAAAAAGGAAUAUGCAAAGUUACAUGAAAGGUAUACAGAACUGUUCAAAACACAUGUGGAUUAUAUGGAACGUACCAAACUGCUCCACUCAGGCCAACAGCUAGUCAACGACAGAGCCGAAGCGGCAGGACGUUUAAAUUCCAACAGAUUGAAUAUAGGACGAAGUUCGGGGCCAAUGUCCUUUGGUUUUGCCAGUUUAGAAAAUGCGGAAAAUGUUGACAGCGAACCAUCUUCUCCUAUUAGUAGUGCUCAUUCUUCACCAAGUGAUAUGGACAAUAUGAAACACAGGCCAGUUUUAAAAGUGGAACGUGCCCAAGAAACUGACUUGAUCAGCUUGGAAAAUAAAAGCGUCGUAACAUCACCGAUGAGUCCACCCAAUAACAACAGUCAGCAGAGUGGUGGAAGGUUGCAUACGAAAAAAGAACAGAGAAGCGGUAAUACGCUGUAUCAAGAGUUGAGUUUCCAGGAUGCUGACGGUGAAGAGGAUACAAACGAUAUUACAGGAGGCUGGGUUCAUCCAGGUGAAUACGCAUCGUCGGUCAACGACAAUUUUUACGGUAUGGGAAAAGAAGUGGAAAAUCUUAUAAUGGAAAACACCGAACUGUUGGCGACUAAAAACGCCCUAAACGUGGUUAAGGACGAUCUGAUAGUCAAAGUUGACGAGCUGACCGGAGAAAUUGACAUGUUGCGGGAAGAAAUUUUAUCUCUGAGCGUUUCCAGGAACAAAUUGCGGGAACGUAUCGGAGAACUGGAAGAAGAAUUACGAAAAGUGAAAGAAGCAAAUGACGCUAAACAAGAAGCUGCGGCCGACGAGGAAGCUGACGUUCCUAUGGCUCAAAGGAAGCGAUUUACUCGAGUUGAAAUGGCUCGGGUACUUAUGGAAAGAAACCAAUACAAGGAAAGUUUCAUGGAACUUCAAGAGGCAGUCCGCUGGACGCAAAUGAUCCGAGCAUCACGCGAGCCCGCACUGGAUAAGCACGCCAACAAAAGCAUCUGGCGGUUUUUUCAGAAUCUUUUCAGUGGUAACGCAGGCGGAGGAGAUCACAAGGGGUUGCAGCGAGCCAUGAUGGUACCGAACCUGCGCUACCAGACUGCAACCAAUCGGGUAACGCCCGGCUUAAAAGCCUUACCAGGAGCCAGGAUGCAGGAUAGAGGAGGCGAAGUGGUCGAAAUGGGUACGGACAAGUUCGCCCUCCGGAAAGCUCUGGAACGGAAGGAACAAUAUCGACAGGUUCGUGCUCAUGUCAAAAAAGACGACGGCCGUUUGCACGCCUACGGCUGGAGCCUACCGGGCAAAGUACCAUCACCCGGAACCAUUCUGACAAGCAAACAACAAAGCGCCAACAGCGUACCAGUGCCAGUUCCCGUUUAUUGCAGGCCAUUGGCGGAAACCACUCCUCACAUGCGGAUAUGGUGCGCCGCCGGUGUCAAUUUGAUGGGCGGCUUCACCAAGGACGGUGGGCUAAUGGUGGGCGGUAGCGUUUUUUACUCGGAGGAACCGAAAAUUACUGAGCCAGCUGAUAACGAAAACGAAGUGGAAAGUUUGGAAACGGAACUAAGCAAUAGUCGGGAAGGUGCUUUGCUAGAGACCAAGCUGUCUUCCAUAGUAUGGAUUGUGACUACGACGCAGCAUGAAAGUAUUGUUACUGUUAUUGACGCUAACAAUCCAGCAGAAUUGCUCAAGAGUUUCACUGUAUGUUCGGAACACGUGCUUUGCAUUGGCAGUGUCCCAGGUGCCAGCCCCAGUGAUUACGACGACGAUGAUACAAUAAUAGAGGUAAGUCCUCCUCAAGUGCAGGAGGAAGUUUCUACGUCAAAAGAAGAGACCACACACGAAAUUACUGCCAAUCCCGCCAAAAUCAGUGACCCUGAAAGCGCCACCGAUCCUAUAAAAAUUAAAAGUACUAGGAGUCAGGAGGAUAGUGAAGAAGCGGCUGUGCUCGGUAAAAUUAGUUUUAUCGAAAAAGACGAUUCAAUCAAUCAAAAAGUAACAGAAGAAGUUGUGCAGGAUACCAAUGAAGCCAAAGAAGAAUCUAGUAACAAUAGUCAAAAUGUAGAAGAGAAUAACGAAACUGCAUCAAAUAAUGUUAGUCAAGAAGUAAUGUCAAGUGUUUUGGCCACAAUGUGGCUGGGAGACGAACAAGGCAACAUAUACGUACACUCCUCUGUAACGAAUUGGGCCCAAAGAUUGCUUACCGUCAAGCUAAAAGAUGCUGUGAUAAAUAUAGUUCAUGUGAAUGGUAGAGUAGUGGUUGCGUUAGCCAAUGGUCAAUUGGCUGUGUUUAGACGCAAUAGUCAAGAUGGAGAGUGGGACCUGUCCCGGUACCAUUUGGUACAGAUCGGUUUGCCUCAUCAGUCGGUACGACAAGUUACCGUGGUGGGAGACAAGGUCUGGUGCGGAUACAGGAAUAAGAUACACGUGCUGCAACCGAGGGAACUGAAGAUUAUUCAUACGUUGGAGGCUCAUCCUAGACGAGAAAGUCCGGUUCGUCAAAUGGCCUGGCUAGGCGAAGGCGUUUGGGUCUCGAUCCGUCUAGACUCCACCCUACGUCUGUACCACGCCCACACCUAUCAGCACCUGCAAGACGUCGAUAUCGAACCAUACGUCAGCAAAAUGUUGGGCACCGGAAAACUAGGUUUCUCUUUAGUGCGCAUCACCAGCCUGCUCAUAUCCUCGAACCGUUUAUGGAUCGGUACCAGCAACGGGGUGAUUAUUUCAGUACCGUUAAGCGACGGUAGCUCCAUGACGAAUUCUACUACGCUAGUGCCGCGUGGUAAUAGUUUAGUACCGGCUACAAUUCCUGGCAGUUACGUUCCAUACUGUACGAUGGCGCACGCGCAGCUUAGUUUUCACGGUCACAGGGACAAUGUGAAAUUUUUCGUCGCUGUACCGGGACACGGAGGUGCUACUGUUAGUAGUGCUGCCUCUACACCUUCAGAGGCUAUGUCAGCUUCGGUUACCUCGUUGAUGGGAGGCACUAGUAAAUCGCAUCAGCAGCCGUCUAGUUCUAUGCUAGUGAUAUCGGGUGGAGAGGGUUAUGUGGAUUUUAGAGUUGGUGACGAAAUGGAAGACAGCAUGAUCGGUGGAGACGCCGCUUUAGCUUUGUCGGAGAACCACGUCAACGUGCAGGGCGAGCUAAGCCAUUUGAUCGUGUGGCAAGUUUCGACUAAUUGAAAAAUAAAAUUUAAUUUCUCAAAUAGGUAUCUAUUUAACCACGAUUUUUAACUAAGUAGGCUGCCAACUGUGUUGUUUUUGGCCAAACUUGUAACACCAAAAAAUAUUUUUUUUUUUUUGUUUGUAUAUUAUUUUUGUGCAAAUAUUAAAAGUUACCGCAUAAGCAAAAAAAAAAAAAUCAAGUUUUAGUAGGAAUUUGUGUAUAUUUUGUUAAUUCUUCUAGGUAAUUAUAAUGUAUAUUAAUUUUACUUUGAUAGAUUGUUAUCAAACUUUAUUUAUUAUUGUUUUGUUUUAUUGUAAUUGAAUAGACGGAGUGCUUUAUCCAUCGAUAUUAUUCAUUAUUGUGCUUAAAUAAUUUUAAAAUAUAAAUAUAAUUAUUGUAAAUUGAUA